GUGAACUGGAUGGUCGCACCUGUAGCUCAAUCACUGCUAGUGAUAGUCCCUAGUUUAUUAAGGUUUAUGCAUCAAGGUUUAUUAAGUGUCAAUUUGUGCCAAAUAUUUAUGUAUGGGACCUUUUGCUCAACAUUUACACAUCAUCCUGUACAUUUCGUGCCAAAUAGACUGAACACCGUAUACAGUGAACACUAGUUCACUAUAAGCCUCAAUACUAGUGAUUAUAAUUCACUGCCAAACAAACUUCCAGAGCUUAACACCCGAUACAGUCAACUCCCGAUAGUGUGCACACAUUCACAGCUCAAUCCCAAGUCAUCGAUAGUGUGUAGACACGGAUCACACCAAUCUAAUGCCAACACAUCCCUGGGCGCUGGUGGAGGUGCUCCGAGAGCAUCAAUAUCGAGCCAACCCUGACAUCGACGGCUACCUCGAGGCUCGCCGACUGGCGAGUGCUGAGCACCGGGACGUCGACAUCACUGUCCGGCGUAUGUCUAUCAGCGCCGGCGCUUCAACCAUCGCUGAAACCUCCGGCACCGGCAGUAGUGGACAGCCUAUGGAAACAACUGGAGCG